CAUAUAUAAGGAGCAGGCAAAGAAGGGAUCAGUCGCUGUGAGAGCCAUACACCCCUCACCUGCACACACACACACACAUAACACAUACACCAACAUACACCCUCCACCACCUGCUCGGUCCCCCUUCAUUUCUGCUCACACCCCCACGGUGGUCAAACCGAAUGAGUUACACGGCGGACACGAUAGGGAGCCCCUUCAGGAGAACUAUGGAUACUAGGACCAGCUAUGGCUACAGCCGCUCCGGCAGCACCCCUUCCAGCGGAUUCCGCUCCCAAUCCUGGUCCCGGGCAAGCCCUGGAUCUACCAUGACCACCUCCUACAAGAGGAGCGUGAACGUGCCGGUGUCCCGAGCCUACAGCUCCACGGUGCUCAGCUCCGCCGACAGCGUUGAUUAUAAUCAAACCUCCAUCCUGAACGGAGACUACAAGCGAUCUAAUGAGAAAGAGCAACUUCAAGGGCUCAAUGACCGCUUCGUUGUUUACAUCGACAAGGUGCACUUCCUGGAGCAGCAGAACAAGCAGAUCGAGGCGGAGAUCCAGGCUCUGCGUCAGAAGCAGGUGUCCCGCUCCCAGCUGGGAGACCUCUACGACCAGGAGCUGCAGGAGCUGCGCUCCAUGCUGGAGCAGAUCCACCAUGAUAAGGCGCAAGUGCAACUUGACACCGACCACAUUGAGGAGGACAUCCAGCGGCUCAGGGACCGCUUUGAGGAGGAGGCUCGCAUCCGGGAGGAGACAGAGGCGAUAAUCCGCGUCCUGAAGAAGGACACGAGCGACUCGGAGUUGAUGAAGUCCGAGUUGGAGAAAAAAGUUCAGUCGCUGCAGGAUGAGAUCGCCUUCAUUCGCAACAACCACGAGGAGGAGGUGAGCGAACUGAUCGCCCAGAUCCAGGCGUCUCAGGUGACCGUGGAGAGGAAAGACCUCCAAAAGGCGGACAUCACCGAGGCUCUGCGGGAGAUCCGCUGCGAGCUGGAGGGCCACUCCAACCAGAACCUGCAGCAGGUGGAAGGCUGGUUCAUGUGCCGUUACGCCAAGCUCACCGAGGCUGCAGAGCAGAACAAGGACGCCAUAAAGUCCGCUCGGGAUGAGAUAAACGACUACCGCCGCCAGCUGCAAUCCAAGACGGUGGAGCUGGAGUCUGUCCGCGGGACGAGAGAGUCUCUUGAGAGGCAGCUGAAUGACAUCGAGGACCGCCACAACAGCGACCUGGCCAGCCUGCAGGAGACAAUUCACCAGCUGGAUAAUGAGCUCAAGAGCACCAAAUGGGAAAUGGCUCGUCAUCUGCGUGAGUACCAGGACCUGCUCAAUGUCAAGAUGGCCUUGGACAUUGAGAUUGCUGCAUACAGGAAACUCCUAGAAGGUGAGGAGACCCACUUCAGCACUUUCCCCUAUCGCCAGGCCACCAAAAUGUCAAAGUCUAAAUCAGACGCUCCCAAGCUGAAGGUGCAGCACAAGUUUGUGGAGGAGAUCAUUGAAGAGACAAGGGUGGAGGAUGACAAAACCGACAUCGAUGAGGCCCUGGCGGAGAUAGCGCAAGAGCUGUCUGCCAAACUCGGAGAUGAGGGGGAGGAAGAGGAAGGGGAUGAGCAAGGUGAGGGAGCUGAGGCAGAGGGCGAGGGGGAUGAGGGAGAGGGGGAGGGGGAGGUUGAGGAGGAGGAAGUUGUAGCCGCCACCGAAGCCAAAGUUAGCUCAAGCGCACCCACAAAGGACGAAGAGGAGGAUGACGAUGACGGAAAAGGUGAUGAGGAAGAUGAGGAGGAGGGUGAAGGUGAAGAGGAGGGAGAAAAGGAAGAAGAAGGUGAGGGGGAUGAUGAGGGAGAAAAGGGAGAUGAUGCAGAGGGAGGCGAUGAAGGAGAACAGGGAGGAGAGGAAGAGGAGGAAGUUGAGGAGACAGUGCUGUGCUCCAAAACUCCAGAGUCUAAAGCCUCUCCUGACAAAGAGAAGGCCGAAGACAAGGAGGCCAGCGGCGGAGAGGAAGACGCUGGCGCUGAGGCAGAGGGUGGAGAUCAGGAUGAAGAUGCAGGAAGUGAUAAAGCGUCCAAAAGUGACGAUGAGAAAGAGGACGCAGACAAAGGAAAGAAAGAGGAAAAAGAUGAGAAGAAAGUAAAAGAAGAGAAAUCAGAUGAAGUCAUUGCUAAGGCAGAAGCUCCGAAAACAGAAUCUGCUAAAUCUGAGGCCCAGAAGGAAGAGCCUGCCAAGAAGGAAGAGCCUGCCCAGAAGGAAGAGCCUGCCAAGAAGGAAGUUUCAAAACCCACAUCUCUAAAGCCUGAAUCUCCUAAGCCUGCAUCCCCCAAGUCUGAAUCACCUAAACCUGAGUCUCCUAAAUCAGAAUCCCCGAAACCUUCAUCUCCAAAGCCUGAUUCCCCCAAAGAAGACUCCCCCAAAACUGGAUCCCCAAAACCAAGCUCUCCGAAAUCUGAGUCGCCUAAAUCAGAAUCCCCAAAACCUGGAUCUCCAAAAGCUGAAUCCCCAAAGAAAGAGACUGCCAAGCCUGAGGCUCCGAAGGCUGCUGAAGAGAAAUCAGAGAAAACGAGCGACUCCACAGAAGACAAGAAGCUAGAAAAGAAGGAUGUUGCUAUGAAUGGCGAUGUCGACAAGAGCAGCCCAGAGGAGAAAGGGAAGAAAGAUGAGGAUAAAGAAUCGGACGUAAUCGCUAAUGGUGUGGACGAGAGCCCAGUCAAGGAUGACGGCAGCCAGAAGGUGGUGAUCACCAAAACCGUGGAGACCAUCACCACAGGAGAGGACGGAUCCAAGCACGUCACCAAAUCCAUCACUGUGACCGAGACAAUGAAGGAGGUGGAAGAAGUUGAGGAGCUGGUGCAGGAGAAGCUUGUCACCAGCAAGAAGACGGAGAAGCACUCCACCCAGUCUGUCAAGCAGGUGACCGAGGCUGACUGAGCAGCAACCAGGCGGCUGAUCCAGCAGAGGAGGAGGAGGAGAGGGCCAGAGGAGAAGACCCGAAGAUAAGCAAUCAACCCAGAACUAACAUAACAAAGAAAAUCAUACAGCUAGAGCGACGUAAUAAAGUUAACCACUCUCAAACAUACAAAACAAAGCAUAGAGAGAAGCCAAAACCUUAAUGCUUCCAACUUCAAAAAAUGCAUGUUGAGUGACAGCUUUAAAUGGGCUUCGCUGCAAACGCGGUCAGGAGCAAGCGACUGAGACAUUUUAUCCUCUUUUUGUUUCGUUCUGCAGUUCACUGGAGAUAUUACAGCGAGGGAGGGAGGGGGGUCUCUGCAUGCUAGCUCAGGAGAGGGGAAGAUUUUCCUCUCGUAUCAGUAUGUAUGGUAGAAAUACACUUUAAAAAGAAUACAUAUGUAAAAGGAAACACAUGUUAUUUGGGUGGGAGAGUGAGAGAAUUAUUAUUAGAGUUGAGAAGUAUUUUGAGAUUUAAGUAACAGGAAGGGGAAAGACAGGUGGGAGGGUCUUACUGAAGAAGCCUUACUUGACAUGGUAAGAUACCAACUGAGCCAAAAAGAAAGUGACAACAAAUACACAACAUACAGUCAAGAAAGAGACAGUCAGGGAUAUGAUAAACACAGGACCAUAUACAUCCAGUAACUGAAGCAGUUCAAGCUUAACGAAACCUGAAGAAACUCCUAGCCUUAAACAUGCUUUUUAUCUGUGUCUGUUAUGUUAACCUGAGUGCAACUGAAAAAUAAAAAUGUAAAUGCGCACAUACAUGCAUUCUUGUAUGCAUAGGAUGGACUUGAAUUUAAAUACAGAAAUAAAUGAGGUGCUACUGUUUGCAAUCCCAUGACUUUACUCAUCAUGAACGAUUUCCCAGCAGCAUUUGCUCAAUAAAUGUCAUAAAGAUGAAAACAAAAAA